AAUUUUUCGUUCCCGAAUUCCACGUGGAGGUUGGGUGCAAGAUGUCGGGCAAGAGAGAUACUAACCCCAUGCGGGAGCUCCAGAUACAGAAACUGUGCCUCAACAUCUGUGUGGGAGAGAGCGGAGACAGACUCACGAGAGCCGCCAAAGUACUCGAGGCGCUCACUGGACAGACGCCUGUCUUCUCUAAAGCGAGGUUCACUGUGCGUUCGUUUGGAAUCCGUCGAAACGAGAAGAUUGCAGUCCACUGCACAGUGAGGGGUCCCAAGGCAGAGGAGAUCUUGGAGAAGGGGCUGAAGGUCAAGGAGUAUGAGCUGAGGAAAGACAACUUCUCGGACACGGGGAACUUUGGGUUUGGCAUCCAGGAGCACAUCGAUCUGGGGAUAAAGUACGAUCCUUCCAUUGGCAUCUAUGGCAUGGAUUUCUACAUUGUUCUUGGUCGCCCCGGCAACCGAGUGGCGUAUCGGAAGAGGAAGAAAGGGUCGAUAGGGUUCAGCCACAAGACCACCAAAGAUGAGGCGAUGAAGUGGUUUCAGCAGAAGUAUGAAGGGAUCCUGCUACCUGGCAAGAAGAGAUGAGUCCUGUCUUCACCUAGCAGCUGUCAUCUGACUUUCAUGUUUGAGAGUUUUGUGAUGAUGUAACUUAUGAGAAUGUUGUACAGAGUAUGUGACAAUGAGAAAAUUGCCAAUUUCAUAGUCCAGAUA